CCGCCGCUACAGCCCCCUCCGCCCUGCCGCGCUGCGCCCCUCCACCACGUGAGCUGCCUGCCCCGGCGCCCUGCUUUCCGCUGGGCCGCUCCAGAGAGGCGCGGAGCUCGUGUCUAGGCGGCCGCAGCACCGCUCGGCCCUCACCUCCUGCCCGGGGGCGUCUCGGGCUAGGCACGGGGCAAGUCCUCCCUCUUCCUCCCGGGACCAUGAGACUCCCCGCUGGGGCUGCCAGCCCCUUGCGCGCUGCGGCGCUGCUGCUGCUCGCCGCCUUCUGCCUCGCCGCGCCCGGGGCUACAAAUCCAUCCAUCCCAACCACAAUCUCACAAUCCACUUCAAAUACUUCAGCACAUGAUAAAAAUGUCACUCUCACGACUACAUUGGGUUCUACCAAAACAGCCCCCGCCCAAACAACCCCCACCACCAACCAGACAACCACCACCAACCAGACAGCUUCUUCAACCACCACCUCAAAACUCACAUCAACCAUACAAUCAACAGCCAGUGUCACAAUGACCACUUCCAAGACUAUGUCUCCUUCCAGCUCCGUCACAGCCACGGCAAAAUCUGCAGCUGUGCUAUCCAGAACCUCCAGAUUUGAUGUGGGCAGUUUUUUUGGUGGCAUUGCGCUGACACUUGGAAUGUUAGCCAUUCUCUACGUUGGAUGUAAAACAUAUCACUCAAGAAGAGGUGUUCAGUACAGAACCAUUGAUGAACAUGAUGCUAUCAUUUAAAGAUAUUUCAGAGAAGACAAUGAGGAAAUUCCACCCGAUCACUGCUUUUAGAACAUCUGUUUGAAAAAGUUUUUUUCCUUUCAUAACGGUAGUCCCAGUCUCUAAUGCAUCCAUAGAUCUGAUCCUGCACAGUGUCAAGAUCUUCCCAAGUACCCUGAGCUCCCAUUUAUUUCAAUGGGAGCUGGAGGAAGUUAGUACUUUGAGACACAUGCCCUGUUGGUGAUGCAAUUAAAAAAAAAUCCUUUAAAGUUCGUUACCUAAUGAUGAACUGAAAUGCUUUUUAAAAUAAAUGCAUAGAAACUUUUGAGAUCCCAAAUCAUUACCAUAAUAUACCAUGUGACAUUACAAUUGUGAAUACAUUUGAUUAUUGCCUACGUACUCCAUAAAUGCGGAUGGUUCUACGUUGGGUACAACAGGCUGAAAAAAUACUAGCCGCAGUUAAGGAAAAA